UGCAAGAAGAAAGCACUGGAUACCACCUUCAUCCCCAUGCACGUUCCCUCUGAUGCCAAACUGAUGGGUCAGGUGUUCAUGGGCUCCUCUUCCUCCUGGGCAAUGGGUGUGCUGGUUAACACCUGGCACGGAGAGACAAUUUAAUUCCGAAGAAGAAAAUAAUAUUUAUCUCCAAGCUCUGGACGCUACACUAUGGUUUUCACUGAGAUCGGCUGCAUCCCUCUGACUGUGUCUUCCUACUCUCCAGCAUCCGGAUGGGCCACGCUCAGCACCUUCAACUGGGUCGUGGGCAACACAAACCCCAUGGACUACAGUCCGCCUUCCUUCUGUGCCACGUCUAAACUGGAGGAGACCGAGACCCCGGUUCCCUUCUUCGCUGCCUUGCAGUCUCUGGCCAAGUAG